CAUUGGCGGAUAGCUGCUGCAACUGCUGUCUCAAGGCUCCUGCGAACGCGUGCUGCCAAAGUGGGGACGUGCUGAAAGCACCGCGGCGGGGCGCCCCGAGGUGUUGUGAGCCGAGCCUCCCCGGCCACUCCAUGCCAGGCUGGACGCAGCUGGCGCGGGCCGGGGCCCAGGUGCUGGGCUGCGGCGUCGGCGGCCUUGGUGCUGCCCCGGGCUUGGGGAAUCGAUCAAACAUCUGGCUUUUUGUUAGAAGUCUCCAUGGCAAGAGUGGUAGUUGGUGGGAUGAGCAUCUUUCUGAAGAAAAUGCCUCAUUUGUUAAGCAGUUGGUCUCUGAUGAAGAUAAAGCCCAAUUAGCAAGUAAAUUGUGUCCUCUGAAAGAUGAACCCUGGCCUAUACAUCCUUGGGAACCAGGUUCCUCUAGAGUUGGCCUUAUUGCCCUGAAGCUGGGCAUGAUGCCAUUAUGGACCAAGGAUGGGAAGAAGCAUGUGGUCACAUUACUUCAGGUUCAAGACUGUCAUGUCUUAAAAUAUACUUCAAAGGAAAAGCAUAAUGGAAAAAUGGCAGCCCUAAGUGUAGGAGGAAAAACUGUUUCACGCUUCCAUAAACCUACAUCUAUAUUGGAAUUUUACCGAGAACUUGGACUGCCGCCAAAACAGAAAGUUAAGAUCUUUCAUGUAACAGAUAAUGCUAUAAUUAAGCCAGGCACUCCUCUGUAUGCUGCUCACUUUCGCCCAGGACAAUAUGUGGAUGUCACAGCCAACACUAUCGGUAAAGGUUUUCAGGGCGUCAUGAAAAGAUGGGGAUUUAAAGGCCAGCCUGCUUCUCAUGGACAAACGAAAACCCAUAGGAGACCUGGAGCUAUUUCAACUGGUGAUGUUGCCAGAGUCUGGCCUGGAACUAAAAUGCCUGGAAAAAUGGGAAAUGUAGAUAGAACAGCAUAUGGAUUGAAGGUGUGGAGGAUAAACACAAAGCACAACGUAAUCUAUGUGAAUGGCUCUGUUCCUGGACAUAAAAACUGCUUAGUAAAGGUCAGAGAUUCUAACCUGCCUGCGUAUAAGGAUCUCUGUAAAGAUCUCCCAUUCCCUACGUACUUUCCCGAUGGAGAUGAAGAGGAACUACCAGAAGAUUUAUAUGACGAGAAUGUGUGGCAGCCCAGUGCACCUUCUAUUACGUUUGCCUGACACCACUGGACAUGACAGAACACACUGGUCUCACAUGUUCUGUGAGCUUUGACAAGCCAGAGCAAUAAUAUAGGCAGGAAUUGAACUCUCCUUUCUCAGCCACAGUACCGCACCUCCCACCUUUAUCAAAGGGCAUAAGUACAUCACUUUUCCUCAUUUGAAUUUUGUUAGAAAAUUUACCACAUUAAAUAAACCACUUACAUAGAUUGGAUUUGCUAAAAAUGACAGUUUGCAUAUUAGCAAAAUUUUUGUAAUUUGUGGAAUUCAUUCUCUUUCAUUCUCUGAGCUUAGAACCUUAAAGAGAGAAAGUUAGAUUUUGUUUAAGUUAUAGGAACACAUCUAUUCUAAAUCAAAGCUGAAUGUGGAGUGCAUAGUCCCAACCCUGGCCUACUCACCUCUGUGCACCUCUCUGGAGCCCUGGCGGUACUAAAUCCCUGCUCUGAGCAGUGCAGAGUAUGGCGCUGAUUCAUUUCUCAGAAGUGGGGCCCUCUUGGAUUCUGAUUUGUGCUUGAACCUGAUUUACUGUUGUAGAUUUUGUCUUGCAAUGGGGAAACAUUUUGUAACUAAACUUCAAUCAAACCUAGACAUUUGUUCUAGUAUACUUGAUGCUAGAUAUAAUAAAAUAGAGGAAAUACUUAACCUUUAUAAUUCUACAGGCCUCGGGGAGGCCAUCUGGUAGCUGGGUGUAGUGGCAGACAGCUCUAAGUCCAACACUCUGUAGUCUUGAGGCUGGAAGAUCUUGAGUUCCAGAUCAGCCUUGGCUACAUAGCAACACCCUAUCACAAAAAAAAACAGAAGCAAAAAAGAAAGUCGUCUGGUCAGGGAUAUCUGCUUUUAAGAGUUACAUUAAGUAUGAGUCAUCCUUCUUCUUUUCUAGAACCCUUACACUACCUGCUACGGUAGCCAAAGCUAAAAUGUUGGUUAGCCUUGUCUCCACAAUGGCCCUGGCCUGGGUAGAUUGGAUGGUGCCAGUUGUCACAAAAGCCAAACUAUCAUUGAAAGGAUUUCUUGCACAGGACAAAUCAUGUAUGUGAUUUAGCAGAAUAGCAAGUAUUUCAGAGUUAAAAGUAGUGCUUCCUAUAGCCUUUAAUGCUGAGGUUCAACAAGAGUAGAAUACAAGGAUGACUUUUACAGCUUAUUUCCACAGGUAAAUUUGUGAUGGAAAUAGAUGUGGAACUAUGCUUUUUUCUCUUUUUUCACUUUGAGGAGAUUAUGACAUACAGUCUCACACACACACACACACACACACAGGCAAGUAAAAUCAGUAUUAAGGGUUCCUGAUAUUACAUAGCAAAUUCCACCAGUUUGUUAUAGUCCCUUUACAUCAGGAACUUAUCUUGCCUGAUGGUUUUAGCAGUCAGAAGAACCACUCUUUGAAAAAAGAAUGUGUCAAAAUCAGAGCCUUUCCUAUUUCCAGCAAGGCUGGACCUUCAUCCUAAGUCACUGCUCACAGAGAUGCAGCCCAUAGUGUCUCAGGAAAAGCCCACCCUGGGAAGGAAAAGCAUUCAAAUUACUGACUGAAUCUGUUUGGAGCUCUUCAGUGAAUACUGUGAACAACUGUGUCUCUGUCCUCAUUGUCAAAGUAGAAAUACAAUAUCUGCUUCUUGUGGCACUGAGUCUUGCAAAAUUGUCUCCUAGCCUGCAAUGUGAUGUUCGUCUGCCAUCUAGCUUCUUUUCCAUAGUUUGAUUCCUUUCCCUUGUAGGAUAUGCAUUAAAAAUAUCCAUCAUUACCUGUUCUGGAAGUGCUCUAUACUUAUGCAGGAAAUUUGUCAGGAAAAACACACUUGUGCUGUUUAUCUUGACUUUUUAAUAGAUUUAUGGUGGAGCCCUUAAGUGAUGAGGUGUAGGGCAUGUGGCUGAUACUUGUUUUGCUAAACUGCUGAACCAAGAAAGCAUAAGAUAGGCAGACAGAGGUAGACCACCACGCUGUGAGACUAUCGUGGACAGGCAUCUUCAGGAGCUUGGUAAUCAUGUGUGUCAUUUUAUGGCUACUCCUUUUCAUAGGAAGUUCUUCAUAUGAAAGCUUACUUGACAAUGUCAGAUACAGUUUCUACUGCCUUCAGGAAUUUUCCAUGAGACUGACACUGUAACAGACACUUCCCCUUCAUCUUCCACUUUUGUUGCUGUCUCUGCUUUAAGGCCUCUUCUACCAGCUUGGCCCAGGAAAUGACAGUGGUCUCUCAGAGCAUGCCUUACCAGACAAAUGAUGCCUGCCUUUCAGAUUCUGCCCCUAGUAAUUGCCUAGAAAUCCCUGAAAUGAGAGGACUCAAAGUGUCCUUGUCCCCUCGGAAAAUAGCCAGAAUUCUAAGUGUCAGCCUCAAUUUCAUCAUUUGCUUUUCUGCUCUUAAAUGCUGUUUGCAAAGAACUUACAGCAGUCCUUGUCAUGCAUUGUUUUCAUUCUUUUUAGAUUAAUGAGGUGGUCUGUUCAAGUUAGACAGGCCAAAUUCAUCUUAAUGAAUGGUCCAUACCACCAUAAAAACGAUAAAUGAUUUUAACUCAACUGGCCAAAGAACCUUCUUGGCAUGGGAGGUGUGUAAUUGUUCCUUUUUGGCACUUCACGGGGAGAGUGAAAGCAGCUAUUGUAAUCUUGAUUUCUUAAAAAAAAAAAAGACUGGGCAGCAAGAAUGUUUUAAGUCAGAAAGUUUGUUGUUUUAAAGAAAAAGAAUAAGAUAUCCAUCAAGUUCUGAUGUGGCACUGAAUUUGCUUCAUUUAGGAAGGAACUAACUCUAUCACAGAAGUCUUCACAAAGAUACAUGGAUGGCUAUAUUAAUGGGACUGUGUCAGAAUGAACAUAAUAAAUGGCUUUUGUGAGCAUCCAACAUAAAUUUCCUAGAAUAUCGAUGAGUUUAAAUGAUGAAGCAAAGAUGGCAUCAGAGCUAUUGGCUGACUGUUCAUUUUUUUCUGCUAACUGCAAAAGCAUUGAAUCUGCUAUCUUCCCUUGCUGGUAUGCUUGUCUUCUCCCUUCCUCAAACAGAGAGUUUGACAAGUCACUAAUAACCACCAGUCUGCUGCUAAAAUGUCACAUCAGUGAAAGAGCCAAGGUGACAACAUCCACAAAGGAAAUGGAUGUUUAGGAAGACAUGAGUCACAGCUGAGGGAGUAAAGGAAAAAGUACUGCUGAUAGAAAGCAAAUAUGGAAAAGAUUUGUUAUGUAAAGACUAGACAUUUCCUACCUGCAAAAUUAAAACAGGCAGCAUCUUCUCCCUGCUUGUGUGGCUCACUUCUCUAGCCAGUUAGCAAUGAAGAUGCCUAAUGAUCCAAAGUCCUGUCUUAGAUACCACUUAACCCCAAAGAGACUCAAGGUUCUAUGGCCCAUGAACCAUUGAGGUGUUUGUGAUGAGAGGACACAGCAGUUGAGCACAUCAGUUACCACAGGUAAUUCCCACAGUGGCCACAAAGUGAUUCUUUCCGCUGCAAGUUAAAACCUCACAAAACUUAAAACCAUCAAUAUUCUUAGAAUUGUGUCGGGGGGGUAGGGCAUACUCCCAAAUAGGAGUGAAAGGGAGAGUGGAACAUGAAUGGGAGUUAAUUAAGCGAGGGAAUUCGGUUGAAGUCAUCCCUGUUUAUAGUUGAGUGAAAUUGCUGUAUGUCAGGACUGUCUUCAUCCUCAGAAAGGAAGAAGGUUGAGUGCUGUAAGGAGUUGAGUGUUACUGACGUGGAUUGAAAAUAGAGGUGAGAACUUCCACCGUUUUCAUUGGUUUGAUCAAGUCUCUUACCUUCUCAUCCAACUCUGAAACUGGAUCUGAGGAAGUCUUGAGCCUGACUUACGGAUACUGAUUACACCUGCAAAUAGCUCCAGGCAGUAAAAUGUGAAAUUUUACGAAAACCAGUCCUGAGGUUCCAGAAUAUCAAAGAGGUCAUGCCAGCUAAAAGCGCUGAGCCAUCUUUCCUAAAAAUAAGCAUUGAUUCAUAAUUCACUUAGGGAACUCUUACGGAGUUUUAAGGACAAUGUCCCAGUUUUCUCUCCACUUAAUGAGGUGUUGAGGUGCAUUUGACAGGCAGACCUAGAGAGAAUGUCUAUGAAUUAGUCAUUUCUCCCAUUUAUUUGACGGUCGACCUGAUUAAGUUGGUCUGGCCAACAUCGAAACAUCUAGUGUUCCAUUUCUUUUGUCAAGCAGCAAGG